AUGAGUAAAUUCUAUUUUGGUGGAGGAUCGGGUGAUGUUUCCUCAGACGAUGAGGACAAUCUCCCAUAUCCCGAAGCACUUCCCCGAAGCGAUUUUCUGGCUCCAACUUUCGAUGCACCGACUUAUCUAUCGACUUUAUCAGAUCGUCACCAGACCCUCGAGGAUUUACGUUCCGAUCUUCGCGAGCGUUCACAGGCUCUCUCAAAAGAACUAUUGGAUCUGGUGAAUACCAAUUAUGAACAAUUUCUGAGCUUGGGCUCGGACCUUAAGGGUGGAGAAGAGAAGGUUGAAGAUGUUAGGGUGGGGCUGUUAAGUUUUAAAAGAGGCGUUGAGGAUGUGAGAGGGAAGGUCAGAGAAAGGAAAUUGGAAGUUGAAGGUCUUCUUGGCGAGAAGAAAAGUGUUAAUGGUUGCGUCGCUCGGUCGGUCACCAAACGGGCUUGA